GCCUAGACGGCUGGCUCCAAUGGCCCUACCGAGAUGUGCGGGAUGAUUCCCGAGAUUAACGGUGGGUACACGAGCGGCAAGUCGGGAUGGGGUAUUCUGGACAAGAAGGUGAGGGCGAACCCCCACCAGAGUCUGGGUACCGCGCGGCGCUCGCGACGGUUGAGCUGUGCUUAAGGCUAGGUAAAGGAAUGGCGACGGAAGAGGGGAUCGAUGACCAGCAGAGUGGAGGGAAUCAGGGCACGAAUGGGGAUGGGGAACGAAAUGAGGGAUCAGCGAGGGAUCGAGAGUCAGCCAAACUGGAAGGAACCCGAGAAGACGGGAAGGACCUCUCAACUGGAGAAAGCUCGGGGAAAGCUGGGGGUAGCAAAAGGGGACCUCAAGAAAACAGGGAAGGGGGAAACGAUAUGAGAACAAGUCCUCGGAACUCAACAGGAACCACCCCUAAAAAGACGAAAGUCUCGGAUGUCCGUCGUAAACUGACAGAGAUAGAAAAGCGGACUGCAGAAUUUAAGGCAAGGCUUAUCGAGCAGAUGAUGGUCGGGGAUGAGGAGAACCCCCAGGGCGCUGGGUCACGUGAGGGAUGCAGGACCGGUCAGGACGAGGCCAGGUAUGGAGGGAAGGAUAAUAGUCACAAGGGAACGCCUAACAAGAAGGGGAAGGACAAGGACGACCCCCCGACGGAAGGGACGGAAAACGCUAUGACCCUGCCCGCCAUUGACAGCGGCACUAGCCGACUGCCCGCCACGCCGAAAAUAACAGGGGCGUGCGACGGACUCUGGAGCCUUAGGGAAAGGUUCUUUGUCGUCGGCGUCGGAGUUCGUUUCAGUUCACCCCUUCUGCAGAUUUCAUUCGGUCUCCACAACAUGUCUGACCCACGAGGCAAUAACGGGAAGGGCCCCGCGGAGUCCUCCUCGGCAACGGGGAAAAGGGCAGAGGGUAAUAGAAAAUGUCACAACACGAAAACCUUUGACUCCCCUUUCAAGGUGGAUCCAAAGGCGGACGGAAAACGAGAUGAUCCUGUUUGGCAUUUCGUUGCUCGUGGUCGUUAUUUAGACGGAUCCACUGCGGUCGGGAGGAAGAACGGUCGCCGUUGUUUGUGCAGGUUAUGCGGUCGUUCUCUAUGUGGGGGUGCUCGUGAUGCGAAGGAACACUUUUUUCAUGGCGAGGGGUAUAGAUGCCCCGUGGCGACUCCGGCGGUGUGGCACGCGAUUUGGUCUAAGGAUAUGUUCAAGUGUCCUGCACAUUUGGCUUCUGUCGUGCAGGCCUUGCAAAGUCUCCCUCUAGGUCAUCCCUCUUUUCAAUGGCCACCUCUUCAUUUUCCCGAGGACGUCGUUCCGCCGCCCCCAUCGACCGCCGCCCCCUCGCAAGUGGCGCCAUCUCCAUGUGGACCACUUGCUCCCCUCCCCCCUCGUCCGGCGGCAGUCUCACCUGCGCCGCUUCGUCAGACGAUUCCCGCAGCCGUUGAUUGCAGGUCAUCUAUGGCAGCGCAGCAUGAUGCGCAAGGCACCGUGACAGUUUCGGGUGUCGGGGAACCUGUGUCGUUCGACGAGCAAGGCACUCGUGCUUUCGUCGAGGGCGAUGGGUGGGGGAAGGGUGUUGGCACAUCAUCCGGCCUCGCCCCGUUGUUCACUGGUAACAGGGACAAGGUCCCAAGAGUUCGACGCUCAGGCACACGUCCGGCCGUGGCAGGAACACCAGCAACAGGACAUCAAUCCGCUGCGUAUCCAUGGUUGCCUCCCCCUCCUUCGCAAACACGACAGCCUACACCAGACUUGACUUCAGCACCAGUUGGCGAGGCCGCUGCAACGGCCUCUGAGGGUGCAGGAAACGUCCCGCUCGACGAGCCCGUUCAGGUUUCGGAUUCGUCACCCACUCCUGUGCCCGUGAACGGCCCGACCUCGCAGCACGGUGUUUUUGGGACACUGGAUCCUUUAGAAAAUUUGUGCAACAUUGCAGCUCCGAGUCCAGGCCCCACCGCAUCAUCUGCGGUCGGGGGCGGGGUGUGGGAUUCGCUAGUUUUGCAAGCUUUCACAACGAAGGCUCUGCUGCUUCCYGCCGAGMCUCGCUUCGGUACGCAUGUGAUUAUGAUGCGACGACUUCUUCUGCUGCAAUCGCAUYUUAYGCAGGUGGUCGUUGAYGAUCGAUGGAAGGACACUGUUUGGUCAACGAAGAAGAUUCGAGACGAUGCCGCGGAGGUCACAGCAUGUGUCGGUUGUCCUCAAUGGUGGGAGGAUAUGAGAGCGCUGUGCAAGUUGUUGGAUCCCAUCAUGGAAAUGCUGCAGAUGGUGGACAGCGACACGAGGCAGAUUGCCAAGAUUUUGCGUCGGUACGACGAGAUGAUCGUGCGUUGCUUGUCUGCAUGUGCCGCUUUGGAGAAGGACGAGCAGGACGCGAUGCUUGAAGUGUUUGACAGACGCCGCUCCAUGUUCAAGUCGCCUGCUCAUGCUGCUGCCAUGAUGUUGGACCCCGAGUUUCGAGACCGGACGAUGCCAGACGACGAGGAGAUGCAGCACGGUUUGAAACUCGCUCUGAUUCAGUUUGGGUACCCGGAACAUUCGGAUCAGCACAACGAGGUCCUCACUGCCAUUGACAAGUUCCAUUCUAGGGAACCGCCGUUCGACGACGUGGUCAUGGACCGGGCGGCGAGGAGCUAUACCCAUCCAACCUGUUUCUGGGAGUCGAAGGAGAAGAGGUUCCCGCACACGGCCUUCUUCGCUGGCAGGAUACUGCGUGUGUGGGCGACUGCAUCGCCUUGCGAGAGAGCUUGGUCCCGUUGGAGUUUCAUCCACUCCAAAUCUCGUAACAGAUUGGAGGUGGCGCGGGCCGAGAAGCUCGUGCGAUGCCAUUGGAACCUUCAGCUCCUCGACAGGCAGGCUAUGUUGGACGAUGCUCCCAAUGACAAGCAACAUCCGUAUGGGAGCUGGGUGCACUACUGGCAGCAGGUGAAGGAGGAGGUGCCCACCGACCAGCAGUUUGUGGCAGACCGAGGAGCCCGUGUGACGGUCACGAAGGAGGAGUUGACACAGGCGACAGAGAGGAUGCACGCCGUGUCCCGCAUGGGAGCCACUCGUCGCUUGCGGGAGUCUGACAGGAGGAGGUGUCGUGGCGGCGGUCGCGGAGGUGGUCGUCGGGGCGGUCGUGGGCGAGGCGGGCGUGGAGGUCCUGGUGGGAGGCGUAGUGUCGCGAGUCGUGGAAGGGCAGGGGACGAGCUAGUACGCAAGCCUCGACAGCGAUGGGAUGAGGGAGACUUUUUGUACGAGAGCUUGUCCAGCGAUGACGAGGAUUUCUUCGGGACUGGCAGGCCUGCACAGGAUGGCGACAGCGAUUUCGACGACCGUCACCCGGACGUGGACGACGAUGAUGGCGCCAGUGACGAUGAUCACGGUGACGGAGGCGAUAGGCCACGACCUGCACAUGGUGACACGAUGCGCGCCGACGGGGCAGGGGGCGAGCACCGCAUAGCACUAGAUGACGCUCGAGAUAGAGUGGAUGAUGAUGGUUCACGACCUGUCCCGGGCGGUGACCUGAGGGGCUUGCAACGCGGACCAAGGGAAAAGGACACUAUCGCCUCACGUGUGCGCAAAUGUCAUGAUGGGGUUGCUAGCAUUCCACUAGCACGAGUCCCCGCAACUGAGCAGAUUCCAGUUUCCGUUGACUCUUUAUGCGAUCACGACGGCGAGGAGCGGAUCGAGAUGCAUGGCGGGAGCGAUCAUCCACGAGGUGACACUUCGAGUAUGCACGCGACAGCUCCGAUGGGGCCUUCCGCAGCAGUCCCAGAAUCGCAACAGGGUCCAGCACCGUUGAUGCGUCAUCCCGAGGUUCAGGGAAAGAUCRGUCCUCUCCCGRCAGUGMGGGACGAGGGUUCUGYCGGUGCACUGCAUCCACUCACGUCUGYCGGAGCGGCAGUCUCAGUUGCAGCGACCUCGGAUGUGGGACAACCACUGGCAGCGGUGGAGCAAGAAAGUAUGCUCCCACCUCGCAGUGUUCAACCCAAUAUCUCACACACUCCCGCAGCCGAGCAGAGCGCCACAGGCCAUGUCGGCCUCGCAUGCCCCACCGGCAGUCUUCCGGGUACCGGCGAGUUACUGAACAUGGACUCUGUGCUCGUUUCUCUGCCGGACUUGUCGACGUUGAUAUCCCCACGUCUACCCCAUGUGUCACCGCCCAAGACACAACAGCCUGUCGUCAUGGAGCGUGGAUCGGACGGGUUUGACGUGACAGGAGGCGAUAUCGCCGAUAUGAUUACGAGCCCAAUGGUGUCUGCCACGCCCACGAUUUUUCGUGUUGGCAAACCACGCGAGGUUGCCCUUGGUUUGGCGGAGACGGCGACGCAAUACCACCGCGACGGUCGGCGCAGUAUCGUACAGCGCAGUCUUUCUCAUUCGUUUGACGGCGCAGAGGAAGGGUCUCCUGGUGGGCCAGUUGACGCAGUCGAAAGAGAAGCAAGACCCCCAAGUCCGCCGUCAAACUCAGAGCAUCAUCCGAUUGCCGCGGCUGUCGGCGCAGAUGCGAGCGUCCCUGUCGCAAACACUUUGGAUGCGACAGUACAGCUUGUGGUUAGGUCAUCGCCGACAGCACGGCGCGACAGAGCUACUGUUUUGCCGACAAUGGCAUUCUAUGCCAACGGGAAGAAGUUUGAGGACCGACACGGGAGUGCUUUGCCGACGAAGAUGUCCGAUGUCCAUGCUACGGGAGCCGUGAAAGCGAGUCUUUCUCGGGCAAGGAAGAAGGCCUCGGCAAGGAAGGCGUCACGUUCAUCCUCACAUAUGCGUUCCCGAGAGAGAGGAUCGGGCGUUGUGCAUCUYGAGGACGGAGAGAUUGCACCUGACGGCGACGCAUUGGAUGUUGGAGGGAGRGAUGCAACGACGGCGGAUAUCGUCGGCAGGGAGGGCACAGGGAAUGCAGUGGCAGGUCAGAAGAGACGCGGCAGUGUACUUAUCGUCCACGACGACAACACGGAUGUCGCCCCGGGAGAGACCACAGGCACUGAUGAUGCAGGGGACUCCGAUUACAUACCCAAACAACGGGCGGCGGAUAGAGAUGAUGGAGGAGGGCGACGAGUGAGACCGAGGACACGACUCGGGCCGUAAGGGCAGCGAGCACAGGGCACACCAUCGGCGAUGAUUCCUGCCCCCAUAGAUCG